GCUAAUUAUAUUUUGCUGUAACCCACUUUAUUAUUUGUAGUGAUUAAUUUAACACGGUAACGCCCACUUCCAUUUCGAAAUCAAACCCAAGUUGUCAGUUUGAUACUAUCCCUCUUACUGUACUGCCUCGGUGAUUUCACUCCCCAGUCCUUAAUUAACACAAACUGCCGCCCUUCUGCCAUUUCCAGAAACCUCUGCUCUUUUCCUUGAGCAUAAAUUUCGUUCAGAACUGUCGCGUUUUCGGGUCUCAAACGCUUUCUUUUGACAAUGACCACAGCUAAAAUCUCGUCUUUCUCCUUAUACUUUACUCUUUUCCUGUCUCUGUCGGCGGUGAUUUUCCCGAUUUCUGACGCCGAGCUUCGCCCGCUGUCUUUGAAGGCCGAAAACGGCGGCGUUCAGGCGCAGGAACUAUGGUGCGUGGCGAAGAACAACGCCGAAGACGCUGCCUUGCAGUCGGCAAUCAACUGGGCAUGCAGUACGGGCGGAGCUGAUUGCGCCCCGAUUCAGCAAGGAGGACCCUGCUAUGACCCUUCAAAUCUCCAGAAUACGGCAUCGUAUGCUUUCAACGACUAUUUCCUCAAGCACGGCUUGUCCGAUGAUAGCUGUAACUUCGACAAUACCGCCGCCAUUACUUCCCUUAACCCUAGUCAUGAUAACUGCAAAUUCCCGUCCAGUUUAAAAGCAGCAACACCAAGCAAUGGAAGUUUUUCUGGUUCGACUUCUUCACCCCUUGGAUUGGGAUCCAGUGAAGAUAUGAGUGGCUGCAAUGAUGUUGCUGGGAAUUGGCCUCGAGCUUUGAUUAUCAGUCAUUUGGUGCUCAUGUUUUCCUGGACUGUUUUAGGAUAGUAUUUUGUGUAUGAAUCAUCAUCCCCUUUGAUUUGAUGGAGGAUUGGCAAAGGCUUUCCUUGUUUACAUGGUACAGCAGGAGAGAUACUUGAGGAUCAACCUGCGUGUACCAAUAUAGUUUACAAUGAGUGGAGAUACUUCGGUUCCCCUCGUA